AUGCCCACAGGUCCAUCUUCAGAUGGCGAUGACUCGAACGAUGGUUCGGACACAGAGGAACUAUUGGGACGCUCAACUCGUCUCGAGCAGCAGUACCCCGACAAAGAAAAGAAAGGAACCAAGCUCUCCGGAACCGGCCAGAAGCAAGAGAUCCACAGCGGGAAGAAAGAAGGCGCGGCUGUAUGA